CAUACUCAGUUUUGAGUUCCACGCUUCAGAUCAUAACUCGUGUAAAAUUCUAACUCUCUUUCCAAACCAUAAUUGAGAGAUGCAAACCAAAAGCCAAACACACUGACAGAAACAUCGACCAAGUUCUUUCCAUCCGAGUGUCUGUCUCUAUGGACAUAAAUCUUCAACUUGUGAAAUUGACUCUACGCUAAUUAAUACGGCAACCACUUUUUUUCUUUUUCUUUUUGUGAUUCAUUAUGGCAGAAAAUUAAGGUAUCAUCAUAGACAUAGCAACGUGUGCUUUCUGCCUCGUGGAGUUGUGGGCUAAUAAAUUCGAAGUCAAUCAACGUUGGCUACAACUGUGCAAAACAAAAACCAUAUCAGAGUCAAUAAUGAUGAUAUAAAUAAAGGGCAUUGAAGAGAGAGGGAAGAGAGAAUGGAUGAUGUGAGGAACAUCGCUGUGGUGGUGGAAGACGUGGAUGCUGCUAGAACUGCACUACAAUGGGCACUUCACAACAUCAUUCGCUAUGGUGACAUACUCACACUUCUCCAUGUUUACCCUUUCACAAGAUCCAAAAGCAAAAACAAAAUUCUUCGCCUCAAGGGCUUUCACUUAGCACUUUCUUUCCAAGACAUUUGCAACAACUUCUCCAAUACAAAGGUUGAGAUUGUUGUCACGGAAGAGAACCAAGAAGGAAUGAAAAUUGUGGCCACUGUGAGGGAGAUUGGAGCUUCAAUGCUAGUGGUUGGACUUCAUGAUCAUAGUUUUCUUUACAGCUUGGCAAUGGUCCAUAGCAACAUAGCCAACUACUUUAACUGUAGAGUCCUUGCCAUCAAGCAGCCUCCACUGAGUCCAAUGGUGGGAAUGCAAGACAGCUUAACCAACAUGGACUUUUCACAGAUUGACAUAUCUAGAUUACAAGUUCCUGACACUCCUCCACCAAAGAUAAAAUACCGGAUUUGCCCUGAUCCGACUGCAAUUAUUUGUAGACUAAGAAGGUCAAGGAGAAGAAGAUGAAAGAAAUGGUCAACUUCUCAAGCAUCUCUUGAAGCUGAUUGAAUCAAUUUGGUUCAGAAAAUUUUCUUUUUAUUAAAAUGGUUUCUGAAAAAUUCGGGCCAUGAUUUUUUUUUUCUUUCAAUUUCCUAUAUAAUUUAUAAUCCUCUGCAUAUACAUUAAGAAAAAGGGUGCAAUUAGCUUGGUAUAGUUUGGUACUUUGGUUGUUUGUCCCAACAUUUGUUUUGAUUGUAUAAAGGAUCUUGUGGUAACAUUACCUAGGUACAUAUUUGAAGA